AUGGAAGUGUUCUCUGAACUCAGCACGCCCGCUGUGGCCAUGGCAUCCGCCUUGUCAGUGGCUGUCGGUGCUUAUCUGAAUGCGAAGCUUGCCAUCGCCACUGAUUUGCGAACAAUCUACAGCAAUAAGGCCUUUGCAAAGCGGUUAAAUGAGCGCAUCGCUCAGCUUGAUGGCUCAACAACAAUCUAUAAGAUGCUCGAGCGGGCGGUAGAGGUUGAAGGACGAGCUGCCACCGAUGCGCUUUGGUUUGAGCAGAAGACGUGGUCAUACAGCCAACUGAAGGACUUGGCCGACAGAAUGGCUGCUCUUUUGAAGAGUCGUGAUAUCAACUCCGGAGAUACAGUGGGUGUUUUUACAACCAACUCACCGGAGAUGGUCGUGACUGUGUAUGCUCUAUCAAAACUAGGUGCUGUGGCAGCAAUGAUCAACACCAACCUACGAGACGAUACUUUUAUCCAUUGUCUCAACGUCUCCGACUCCAAAUUAAUCAUCUCAACCGCUGAUAUUUCUCAGCACGCCUGCACUGACCUACCGCAUUUCACACUCAGCGUGGCGUCGUUCCAAGGUGCCGAAACAGGCGCAACCGAGCUCAUCACACUGGAAGACCUGCAGCAAUUCUCCCCAUCAGGACUUGCAGCGGCUAAGCGCAGCCCAAAAGACAUAUGCAUCUUAAUCUACACAUCAGGAACAACCGGAAGACCUAAAGCCUGCGCGAUCCGCAACAUGCUCACCCUAAUCACCUCCACCCCGCUCUCAGCAGACGCCAAUAAUCCUUCAAAGUACCACCCAUUCCGCGUAUACUCCCCCCUCCCCCUCUUCCACGGCACGGCCUUCCUCACAGGUCUAUGUACAGCCAUCGGCAACGGAGGUACCUUAUGCCUAGGACGAAAAUUCUCUGCCUCCCGGUUCUGGAAAGAUGUACAUGACUCAGGCGCAACCCGCAUCCUGUAUAUCGGCGAGGUAUGCCGAUAUCUUCUUGCCACGCCGCCAUCACCCUUUGACCAGGACCACAAGUGCAUCGUGGCAAGUGGGAACGGGCUACGUGGGGAGAUCUGGGAGAAGUUCCGCAAGCGCUUCAAUGUUCCCGAAAUCCGCGAAUUUUACCGCUCAACUGAGGGAGUUGCCAAAUUUGAUAACCAUGGCGUUGGAGCUUGGGGAGCGGGUAAGGUCGGAUUUUCUGGGCCUAUCCGCCGGUUCUUGGAAGAUGAUACUUUCAUCGUCAAGUAUGAUACCGAUACUGAGAUGCCGUACCGGGAUCCAGUCACUGGGUUCUGUGUGAGGGCUACGCUUGGACAGGAGGGUGAGGCAAUUGGUCGCGUCCGGGACCGUGGGAUGCUGAUUGAGUAUCUGGGUAAUGAGGGUGCGACGGAAGAAAAGCUUCUGCGUGAUGUGUUCCAGAAAGGGGAUUUGUUCCAGCGGACUGGUGAUCUGGUUGUUCAAGAUGAAUCUGGGUGGGUGAGGUUCCAGGAUAGGGUUGGUGACACUUUCCGCUGGAAGGGUGAGAACGUUAGUGCAGGGGAGAUUCGAGACCAUAUUUGUCAGAUUGAGGGUGUGCAUGAUGCUGUGGUUUAUGGUGUGAAGCUGGCCGGGUAUGAUGGUCAAGCUGGAGCUGCUGGCAUUACGCUGGAAUCACCAGCAGCUGAGACAGAAUUGAUGUCGACCUUAUACAAGGAACUCAAGAAGAAGGGCGUUCCUUCAUAUGCUCUGCCCCGAUUGGUCCGACUCACCGAAAACUACAGGGUUGCCACGGGUGUCACUUUCAAACAGGCUAAGGGCGACCUAGCGAAGAAGGGCUGGAAUCCUCGCCAGGACUGCGGCGGUGACAUUUUGUACUGGUUGAACGGCACAAAUUAUCAGAAAUUGGAAGAACAAAGUUGGGCAGAGAUAGAGAGUGGUAAAGCCAAGAUCUGA